AAAGAGUGAGAGAGAGAGAGAGAGAUGCUUCUUCUGUCCAAGUCUUUCUGAGUAGAACUGUGAGGCUUUGGGUUCGGAACAGCAGCCUGACUCUCGUCUGUCUCCAUAAUUCUCUUCAACAGUGUAUCAAUGUCGGGGUUCACAGAUCUGCUGAAGUUACUCUGCAAAAUUAGAGUCCUGUUUGUGUCGUCUGAGCAUGCGUAUGAAACGCGAGCAGACUUAUGGAUGAAAGCUGAGGCUCCGGGCUCCUAAAUCCUCUGUGCUCGGGUCAGUCCCCGCUGAAGACCAGAUGACAUCGGCCACACCCCCUUCCUCCAGUAGCUCCUCCCCUCAUAAGGUUUGCCUCCAAACACAGACAGAUGUUUUGAAACCCUUACUGGGCAGUGGAAUUUCUAUUGGAGGUGGAACCCAGAGGAAGCAGAGGCGUGUCCUGUCCAAAGAUGGACGCAGCAACAUUCGCAUCGAACAUGUCAGUGGGCGGAGUGCUCUGUAUGUGCGUGACCUGACAACCUUUCUGGACAUGCAGUGGCGCUACAAGUUCUUCCUCUUCACUGCAACAUUUGCAGGGACCUGGUUCCUCUUUGGGUUGUUGUGGUACUUGGUGGCGCUGGUGCAUGGAGACCUGCUUGAGUUUGACCCUCCGUCCAACCACACUCCGUGCGUGAUGCAGAUGCAGACGCUAACGGGGGCUUUCCUGUUCUCUCUGGAGUCCCAGACGACAAUCGGCUACGGCUUCCGCUGUAUCACCGAGGAAUGUCCGGCUGCCAUCGUGCUCCUCAUCGCCCAGCUGGUCAUCACGAUGCUGAUGGAGAUCUUCAUUACUGGGACCUUUCUGGCAAGGUACCACUGGUGGCGGCGACCUAAAAAGCGAGGUGAGACGGUAAAGUUCAGUCAACACGCUGUGGUGUCGACCCACGAGGACCGACCCUGCCUCAUGAUCAGGGUGGCCAACAUGCGCAAGAGCAUGCUGCUCGGGUGUCAGGUGACUGGAAAGUUGCUCCAGAUGUCGCUCACCAAAGAAGGGGAGACGGUUCGUUUGGACCAGCAGAAUGUGUCUUUCCAAGUGGACACGUCCAGCGAGAGCCCCUUCCUGAUCCUGCCGCUCACCUUCUACCACAUCAUUGAUGACAGCAGCCCCCUGCGAGCCUGGGCCGACAAAGGUGGCGGCUGGACAGAUCCAGAGCUGGCUGAUUUUGAGCUUUUAAUUAUCAUGAGCGCUACAGUGGAGCCCACCUCUGCCACCAUCCAGGUUCGCACCUCCUACCUGCCAGAUGAGAUCCUCUGGGGCUACGAGUUCCCGCCUGUUGUCUCUUUAUCACCAUCAGGCAAAUAUGUGGCGGAUUUUGCCUACUUUGACAAAGUGGCCAAAACCAAGACUUUGCCCAGUUUCAAGCCACCCAGCCCCCAGGAUGGGUACCAGAGCGGCAGGGCUGGGAUGGUUCUGGAGGGGGCUGACCAGGAAAAGAUUCAUUUGGAGCAAAGUUACAAGGAGAGAUUUGAGGACCGUAACCGGGUUAGAGACACGCCCCUCAGUGUGCGCGUCAGUAAUGUGUGAGAGCGGACUGGUUUGGGGAAGUGUUUCAAGGACGACAGCAUGCACGUGAAGUUGGGUCUCAACCCAAAACAGGCACCUUGAUUAUAGUGAAAAAUGUAUUUAGGUCCAAGUAGCA